GCAGCGAGUGACGACAGCCUCUCGCCCAGUCUCUGCCCUGUUUAACUUAUAGCUUUUAUUAUGACGUAUUGCUUUUUCAAUCACGUGACUUGUCCAUUAAAAUGAACCCACGACCCAGAGUGCAGCCCCUGGGAGCCGCUUCAUUGCCGCUGUGUAGCUGGUUAUCCCACCGCUCAGCAGCUCAACUUCAGCAGUUCAAACUAAUCCCACAUAUGAUCUCAUGGUCUUCAUGGGGCGGCGAGCUGGAUACAUCCAUCUCAAGGAGCUGAAAUCCAGGUGCUGGUCCAGAUCUGUGGCUUCAUGUGAAGACUUACCUGCUACCAGCCCCAGGAACAAACAGCAGUCUGCAGAGAGUUUCAGAGGCAAGAAUGAAGAGUCAGUGAAUCUACUUUGUACUGAUGAGAACGAAGGUGAAGAUUGUUUAGCUGCUAAUGUGGAGAUGAACAAACCCGAGGAUCAAGACAAGGUCCUACUGCACUUGGUAAACAUGAACAUGCCUGUGAGACCUGGCAUCCUCGUCCAAAGACAGAGUAAGGAAGUCACGGCCCCACACUUAGGAGAGAACAUCGAAUUCGAAGAGGACAAAAACAGACAGAUAUUCGAGUCUGCGAAUGUUAGAGAAACCAACUACAAGGGUGGGAUCGUGGAGAGAACACCCAUGCGCGCCACCUUAACUCCUUCAGUUAUUGAAAGCCAAAAGAGACCUCUGAAAGGAGUGACGUUUUCUAAGGAGGUGAUUGUUGUGGAUCUUGGAAAUGAAUACACCAGACCUCGAAGCUAUGCUCGAGAACAUAAAGAGAGAAAGUAAAGCGUGGGAAAGGCUGCCAGAGAGAGAAGUGUAACCUUUGACUAGCUCUGGAUUGACAUGACAGGGUCACGUCAGAGCCGCGGAAUGAUGGGAAGAGAGCAAACACAGGCGAUAUUUUACCUCUGUCGGAAAGAAGUGAACUGUGCAAAAUUUUGUACGUAAAAUACUGAGCUCAAAUAUAGUUUUCAAAAAGCAAA